UGAACACAACAGCCACAAACCAAAGAGGAAGAAGGAAAGCCUGAUGAAAAUGCAGGAAGUGAUGAAGUGGAGUCGGAGGAAUAAGUACUCGGCGUCAAGAAAACGUUGAUAUACUUUAUGCUAAGAUGGCUUGCUUCGAGAGCGAGAAGAGCAGCCUGGAGGAUGACUCGUGUUUUGGUGGGUUGGGCACGUCUCCAUUGUCUAACUGUGCGUUGGCUAUGCUGGAGAAAGAGAGCGGCGAUUCUGUGUUGAGUCCCACGGAAAGCUCAGUGGGCCUCGGGGCCUCCACCGGCCUGCCGGUUGGUGCCCCGCCACAGGGCUAUGAUGUGGAGUUCGACCCUCCACUGGAGAGCAAGUACGAGUGCCCAAUCUGCCUCAUGGCCCUCAGGGCAGCCGUUCAGACGCCCUGCGGCCACCGAUUCUGCCGCUGCUGCAUCGAGAAGUCCAUCCGCGAUACAGGGCAGAGGUGUCCGGUGGAUAACGAAGUACUUCGGGAAGAUCAGCUGUUCCCGGAUAACUUUGCCAAGCGGGAGAUCCUCUCCUUAACGGUCCGCUGCCCCAACGUAGGCUGCACGGAUAAAAUGGAGCUUCGCCGCUUGGACAGCCAUGUAACGAAGUGUGAGUUUACCAGCGUGGCAUGCCCGCUGUGCCAGGACGCGGUGUGGAAAAGCCGCCUGGAGGAGCACAAAAGCCAGCACUGUCUGCGUCGACCUGCCUCGUGUAAAGACUGUGCAGAGACAUUCGUUUUUGAGAACACCAAGCUUCAUGAGUCGCUGUGUCCUUUUGCCAGCGUGGUGUGUCAAUACUGCAGUAUGGAGCUCAUCAGAGACCAGUUGGAACCUCACUAUGACACAGAGUGUCCGAAAGCUCCAAUUGCCUGUACCUUCAGCGCCUUUGGGUGUCGGGAGAUGAGCCAGAUGCAGCGCACCGACCUGGCACAGCACAUGCAGGAGUUCACACAGAUGCACAUGCGCUACUUGGCCGAGUACCUGCGGAGCCACAGCCUCACCGGCUGCGCCCGGCCACCUCCGCAGCCUUCUCUCGAGGACAGGGGGGGCGCGGCAGAGCCCGGGGCAUGCCGAGGAGCCAGCGGCACGAGCGCCCCCUGUCAGUGCUGUGGGCAGCUGCAAACCAUGAGGGAGACCACCCAGCAGCUCGAGGGGCGACUCGUCCUUCAGGACCACCAGCUACGCGAGUUGACCAUCCAGGUGGGACAGGUGGCGGAGCUGCGUCGCAAGGUCUGCUCCCUGGAGGAGAGCCUGAAGGAGCUGGAGGCCAAGCAGUGCCAGGGGGUGUACGUGUGGCCCCUGGAGGGCUUCUCCGGCUACCUCCGCAACCAGGCGGCCGGACAGACGGUGGUGGUGCACAGCCCGGGCUUCUACACCGGACGGCCGGGCUACAAGCUGUGCCUCCGCCUGCACCUCCAGACGCCCUCGGCCCAGCGCUGCUCCAACUACAUCUCCCUAUUCGUGCACACCAUGCAGGGCGAGUUUGACGGGCAGCUCUCGUGGCCGUUCCAGGGCACCAUCCGGCUGGCGGUGCUUGACCCGAGCCCCGAGGGCCAGCACCACGUGGAGGUGAUGGAGACCAAGCCUGACCUGCAGGCCUUCCAAAGGCCCACCAUCCAGAGGAACCCCAAGGGCUUCGGCUACGUCACCUUCAUGCACCUGAACCAGCUGCAGCAGCGGGGCUUCGUGCACGACGACACGCUGCUGGUGCGAUGCGAGGUGAUCCCGCGCUUCGAAGGCACCCUGAGGCGGGAGGGGGUGGCCAUGCAGCCCAGAGGGCCGGAGGGCUCGCUCUGACGGCACGGAAAAGACAAGUGACACCCUUACGACGCUUCGGUGCAGUGUGCCAAUGAGUUUUGGGGCGGCGGGGUCGUUUGCACUGGGUUUUCCGCUGAGGCCCACCGGCACCAUGGGAAAUUUGGCCUUUGCUGUAGGUUUGGAGAGGCUGGACGUCUGAAGUGUCGGUUUCCUCGACGUGGCACCUUAAGUCCUCCAAAUCGCUUGCGUUGGGUCGUCUUGAACAUGACUGCUCACAACUGUUUUGGGGUCAUUAAAUAUUAUUUGAAUGACUUUGCGAUUAGCACAAGCAUAAUGUUGAGGUUUGUAUAUCAGGAAUUCUAAUUUUGCAAUUUUCUGAAUGUACACGGAUGUGCCAGGUUGAUCUGUAAGCCAGAGGAAAGCCAGUGUUGGACCUGCCUGUCGUUCUGGUCCGUUGUGCAUUUGGAUGAUUGGCAUUUCACUGGUUUUCUGGGUGGAGGGUCACCAAGGGAGCAUGGAGCAACAUUUUAACACGUGCCUAAACACUCAGUGGUUGGGUGUCCCUUUCCUCUGCUACAACAUUCACAUUCAUUUCAAGUCAUUCACAAGGCAAACAUCUACCCAGUCUCAUCAAAUAAGACAAGGGAUUUUAGCCGAGAGGCUUGUAGCCCGUCAACCGGCUGUCUUCUCCUGUGUUGAAGUCCUUAAUGAAUGAUGUUAAAGUAAUGGGUUGUAUAUGAUGGUCGUUGUGAGAUGUCCUGCUACACUUUACGAAGUGCUCCCCAAUCAUGGUCUUCAAUGUUAUUAAGCUUUUUUGUCAGCUAGUUACACACUCGUGUAUUCGGAGGAACACAGAAUCAACUAGUCCACGAAAUACAGGGCCGCAGAGUUGACGCACAGUUCAUCUGCCAAUCAGCAUGCUGUUCUAGGAUGCUGAACUAAUGUUACUGAAGACACUGCUAAGAAACAGGCUUUGCUUUGUAUAUUGCCCCACAGGAAAAAAGUUACUCUUGGAUCGAUGUUUGGUGCUUAUCAACCAGCGGUCUGAUUCUCUAUCUGAACACUGACCCUGAUCCAGUUUAUUCAUACCAAGAGGGGAAAUCGCCAAUGGCCUAGGGAGAGUUGCCAGUUGGGAUCAAAUGAAUGCCUUUGUAUUCCAAGUCAGACAGAGUGGAUGCUUCUCAAUUGUGCCACAUGAAAGUUUGAGUUUGGCGGUCUUGCAUCAAAUGAACCUUUGGACAUUACCCUCCAGCUUUGAGACGUCCUCAUUCACCUCAGCAGCACACUUUAAUACACCGGUCAGCCAUAACAUUAUGACCACCUGCCUAAUAUUGUAUAGGUCCCCCUUUUGCGGCCAAAACAGCCCUGACCUGUUGAGGCAUGGACUCCACUACACCUCUGAAGGUGUGCUGGGGUAUCUGGCACCAAGACGUUAGCAGCAGGUCCUUUAAGUCCUAUAAGUUGUGAGGUGGGGCCUCCAUGGCUCCAUAGCUUGUCUGUUGGCCAGUCAUCAAUGAGUCUUGGCCUCCCAUGACCCUGUCGCCGGUUCACCGCUUUUCCUUCCUUGGACCACUUUUGAUAGGUACUGACCACUGCAGGCCAGGAACACCCCAUAAGGGCUACAGUUUUGGAGAUGCUCUGACCCAGUCGUCUAGCCAUCACAAUUAGGCCCUUAUCAAAGUCCCUAAGAUCCUUACGCUUGCCCAUUUUUUCUGCUUCUAACACAUCAACUUUGAGGACUGAAUGUUCACUUGCUGCCUAAUAUAUCCCACCCACUGACAGGUGCCAUGAUAACGAGAUUAUCAGUGUUAUUUAUUUUACCUGUCAGUGGUCGUAAUGUUAUGGCUGAUCGGUGUAUGUCCGAAAUAUUACAUUUCCUUGGAUUCUGGAUUUGUUUCUUGCAGAAUACAUUUACUGACAUAUGUUUGCCUUAGUAUGUAUCAUUUAAAAUCUAUUUGAAUAACAGUUCUGAAUUUCUUGGCAGUCUGUACAGAACAUUCUGUUGUCUCAAUUACAGUCUGUACACAACAUUUCUAGUCUCAUCUUAGUCUAUAGAACAUUAAAAUUAUCUUGGUAGUCUAUAUAGAACAUUCUAUAUUCUCAUGUUUGGAAUAUGUUGGCCUGUGUAGGCAGACCAAACGGUGCCUUUCUCUGCAUGAAUGAAUAACAUAAUACGUUUCAUACUGCAAUGCACCACUUUAAGUGCCACAGUUUAUAAUUGUCCUAUUCAGUUCAAUAUGCUGCCUUUCGUGACCAAAAUGUGUUAUGUUCACCCUGGUUAUUAGCUCUGGUGUAAAUGAAACCUGCCUAAUUUUCUAAUGCAGGGCUGCCAAACCCUGUACCUGGAGAUCUGGCAAAAACUAAACUGUGAGAUGGCUGGGGGUCCCCAGGAGAGGGUUGAAGACCUAUGACCUACUGGACAGUAGAUCUCCAGGAACAGGGUUGGGCAGCCCUGCUCUAAUGGCUAGGCUAUGGAAUUUAAUGGGCAUUAUCACUACUGGUUCUUUGUAAAGGGUCCAACUUUUGAACAAAUUGACCUUGCUAACAAUGUCACCCAUUAAACCUACAGUUUUGUUUAUAGCUGUGUUAACUCCACCACGUAAAGGCGUCCACAGUGGUGCUCGUUUGGUUGAAAAGAUGUUUGUUUGAUACGUUCUGUCUUGCAGUGUUUCACAGUGCUGAUGCUCUUGUUUAGUUUCUAAAUGCUUUUUGGUACUUUUAAAGGUAAUGAAAAUAAAAUUUUAAUUGAUUUA